AUGGAGAAUAUUAUUUCUCCAUAUCAAGAUGCUUAUGUUUCAGGAAGGCUUAUCAGUGACAACACUGUCAUUGCACAGGAAAUAAUUCACUAUAUGAAGAAAAAAAUAUGUCGAAUUGGAUGGCUAGCUCUCAAGCUUGAUAUGCGCAAAGCAUUUGAUAGAUUAGAAUGGGUAUUUAUUAUUAAAGUCUUAACAUAUUUUGGCUUCAGUGAGGAAUUCUGUGAUCUUAUUUAUCAAUGCAUUAGCACAACAACUUUAUCAGUAAUUCUUAAUGGUUCCCCAUGUGAAGAGUUUCAUCCUUCAAGGGGCAUUAGGCAAGGUGACCCUCUCUUCCCAUACUUGUUCAUCCUAGCUAUGGAGUUUCUCUCAAGACAUCUUGUUGCUGCUCAACAAAACAACAGCAUAAAAGGCAUUAAAGUGGCUGCUAAUUCUCCAGCCAUUAAUCAUCUGUUAUUUGCAUAUGACUGCUUGAUUUUCACUCAAGAAAAAUUGGAUUCAGUUAACAAUCUUCUUGAACUGCUUCACAACUUCAGUACUCAAUCAUGCCAGGUAAUAAAUUUUGAAAAAUCUGCUGUGCAUUUCAGCAAGUAUACUAAACCAGAUGUUGCAGUCACCCUUACUCAAAUUUUGGGAAUGAAGACUAUGAAUUCAAAAAAAAAAGCUAGAUCUACUAUGAUAAAACAUGUCCUUAAUUCUCUACCUGUUUAUCAAAUGGGUUCUUUUAAGCUACCUGAUCAGCUCAUGAGAAAAUUAACUACAAUCGAAAGGAAAUUCUUUUGGGGUCAUUCCUCCAAUAGAAGUUUUAAUCCUGUGUCGCACUCCAAGCUUUGUAAAUCAAAAGAUUAUGGAGGAAUUGCUUUUAGAGACAUGGAGAAACUAAAUCUUGCUUUACUCACUAAACUAGCUUGGAGGGUCAUUCAAAAGAAUUACUUCAUGGAAAUUAAUAAUGGCAGAAGAACAAAAAUAUGGAAGGAUAGAUGGGUUCCAGGUUUGAAUCAUCCACCAACUCCAAUAAAUGAUAUGCACAGAUUCCAUGAGAGUGUUGAUGAACUAAUCAUUUCAGAUGCAGGAACCUGGAAUGUGUCUCUCUUAGAUAUUCUGUUUGAUUCUAAUACCUCUAAGAAAAUCCAGGACAUCUUUAUUGAUACAUCCAAAGAAGAUGUUAUGCUUUGGACUCCAGUAAAAUAUGCUCAUAACCCUUAUAUGGAAACUCAAUGUGGAGUUUGCGGAAGAGAAACGGAAACGAUUGAACAUCUAAUAUUUGAUUGCAUACAUGCCAGAGCUGUCUGGAGAGGAAUCAAUAUAGAUAUAGAUACAGUUAAAGAAAAUUGUGGCAGUGUCUCUGAAUGGGUUCUUAGCUGGUUUAGAAUAGGUAUUAAUGCUACAAAUGAAAGAUUGUUGUUCACAUGCAUGAUUGGUGCAUGGAUCAUCUGGAAAGACAGAUGUGAAAAAAUCUUUCAGGGAGUUUCUCUAAACCCUAUUUCCUCUGUUAAUAGAAUUCAGUAUCAUUUAAGUUCUCACCUGCAUGAAAAUUUAAAUAGUAGUCCGUACUGCAUUAAAUAUCAUAUUUCAAACUGGUGUCCUCCUGCACAAGGCAUUUCUAAGUUUAAUGUUGAUACGUCUUUUGAUCACAAUACUAAUCAUGGCACUGGGAUUGCUUUACGCGAUCAUGUAGGUAACUGCGAUGGGAUCCGAGGAAGUUUUAAACAUGGAGUCUUGAAUCCAGAGCAAGGAGAAUGCCUAGCUGUACGAGAAGCAUUAUCGUGGGCUAAGGACCUAAAACUGGAUGAUAUUCAAAUCGAAGUUGAAUUAGAGAAAUAA